AGGGAGUCCACAGACAGACUAGACAGGAACAGAGGUUAUCGGGAGGUGUUGCGCUCCGGCGGGUCGGUGUCUUGCUCGACGGGGAGCGCGGCGGCGGUUCCGAGCUCGUCGGGGAGAGCGGCCGGCAGCAGCUAGCGGUUGCUUCCUCUCGAUCUCGUUUCGCCGGGGACGGGACGGGAGAGACCGGGCCGCCAAGAUGACGGUGAUCGACAUCCUGACGCGGGUGGACUCCAUCUGCCAGAAGUACGACAAGUACGAUGCCGAGAAGCUCAACGGUGCCAACGUCGCCGGCGAGGACCCCUUCGCCCGCCUCUACGGAUCCGUCGAUGCCUACAUCUCCCAGUGCGUCGAGAAAGCGGAGUUGGCGAAGCAGGAGAAGAACCGGGCCGCGGUGGUCGCACUCAACGCCGAGAUCCGCCGCACCAAGGCCAAGCUCCUCGAGGAGGACCUGCCCAAGCUGCAGCGCCUCGCGUUGAAGAAGGUCAAAGGGCUCACAAGAGAGGAACUUGCCACCCGUACUGAUCUGGUUGCCGCCUUACCUGACAGAAUACAAUCAAUACCAGACGGUAGUGCUACUGCGACAAAGAAAAAUGGAACUUGGGGAGGAGCCUCUGGGUCCCGUACUGGUGGAGGCAUCAAGUUUGACUCUACUUCUGAUGGCAACUUUGACGAUGAGUACUUUAAGGGAACAGAAGAAUCAAAUAAGUUUCGCCAGGAAUAUGAGAUGCGUAGAAUGAAACAGGAUGAAGGUUUGGACGUUAUUGGUGAAGGGCUAGCAACUCUGAAAAACAUGGCAUCUGAUAUGAAUGAGGAAUUGGAUCGGCAAGUUCCUUUGAUGGAUGAAAUGGACCACAAGGUGGACAUAGCAAAUGCAGAUCUGAAGAAUACCAAUGUGAGACUAAAACAGACUAUUCUCCAGAUGAGAUCCAGUCGUAACUUCUGCGUCGACAUCGUCCUGCUCUGUGUCAUACUUGGUAUUGCUGCCUACCUUUACAAUGUGCUGAAAAAAUGAGGUGUGAGGUGUCCGGGAAAUCACUCAUGUUACAGUCGAGCGUCUUGCCAUUGGCUCCUCUACAUGCCAUGUCUUCCGGCAAAUGGGGUUUCAACACGUGUUCGCGGUCUUUUUCUUUCAUCUCUUCUGUGUAUUAUGGUGUUUUCAUUAGGUUAUUAUUAUUAUCCUUUGUUGUAGCAGUGAAUAGUGUGUGAUCAUGACCUGAUUGGUGUCUGCUGUUUAUAAAUUGGUUAGCAAGAGUACAUCGGCAUUCUUUUCGAACCGUAUCACCAUGCUCAUGUAAAUUCGCUCCCUCAACACCCCUUUCCAUGAGAACUAUGGCUUGGUCUUGA